UUUCUGAAUUUUUAACAACGAAUAGAUAGAAUCUUUUCGUAGAUAGAUGCCGGUUCUCGGUUCGGGAUGAAUGCUAAUUGUAACACGGCUGUUCACAAUGUGUUCCAAAGUCUAAAAUUAUUGUGAUUUCGUAGACCGCAAAAAUGUGCAUGUGCAUUUUAAAUAAUUAAGAAGAUGAAUGGCAAGGUGAUUUAUGGGCCUUUAACACAUAUUCAUCUACAUUUACAGCCUGGACUUUUACUAAGCAAGCCAUCAGCAUCUGAAGUAUUAACAUGCCACAUCAAACAAAGAAAAUAUCCACCAUGGACUUCAUAUUUUAUCAAAUAUAGCAGCAUUGUUAAUGAUCAGUUUAGUCUAUCCUAUUUUAAUUGGCAAGUCGGCCAGGCAAAUUAUCAUAUUUUAAGAACUGGAUGCUUUCCAUAUAUUAAAUAUCAUUGCACUAAAGGAUCAUGUCAAAAUUUAGACUAUGAAAACAACUUUUUCCUUGUGUUAAAGAUUUUAAAUAUUGGUUUACCAACUUUGGCAUAUGGAUUAGGUGCAACGUUUUUAAUUAAACAUGAAGAAAUUGUACAUACUUGCAAAGGAGAUGUUCCUGUAUUCUUCUUACUUAAAGAAAACGACUCUCAUUACUAAUUUAAAAAUUCUGUGAAAUAGAUCAAUAAAUUGAUAUAAAAUUAA